AUGUCGAUAAAGAUCUUCCUUACCGGCUCAACGGGCUACGUUGGCGGUGCACUCCUGCAUGUCUUGAUAUCUCGCAUGACAGACUGCACUAUUACCUCGCUCGUGCGCACCACAGAACAAGCCACUCUACUUGAGUCAACCUAUCCAGGCAUAAAAACCACCAUAGGAACACUCGAAUCCCGCGAUCUGCUUAUAUCCGAAGCAUCCAAAUCUGACAUCGUCAUCCACGCCGCCAACGUCGACCACGUAUCCGGCACCCUCAGCCUGCUUGACGGGCUGAAGUCGCACCAUUCAGAAGGCCGGUCGGCGCUGUACAUUCUCGUCUCUGGAACGGGCUCUCUCCCCGACGAGACCGUCAAGCCUGGACAGCCUAUGCCACGCGUCUUCGACGACGUUAUCAAUGCCGAGGAGAUAUGGAAUCUGCCGCGCGACCGCUCGCACGUGGCGAUCGAGCGGCGCUUCGUCGAGGAAGGCGAGGCCGCAAACGUCCGCACUGUCGUUGUCUCACCUGGUCAGAUCUUCCACACUGGCGUCGGCGUGGGCAAGAAAGAAAGCUAUCUCAAUGAACAUCCGCGUGCGAUGUUUCAGCAUGGUGGUGCGUUCGUCGUCAAGGAAGGGCUGAAUACUUGGUGUUGGGUCAGUGUUGAGGACCUCGCAGAGGGGAUAUGUCUUCUGGCGCGUAGACAUCUUGACCAGUUGGCAGCUGGUGAGAAGGAUUUCGGUCCCGGAUAUGGGCGAGACGGAUAUUACUUCGCCCAGGCGGGCGAAUUGUCUGUCACAGAGCAGGCUGAGGUGAUCGCGGACGAGCUGUUCAAGCUCGGCGCCAUCAAGUCCACAGAUAUCGACCAUAUCGACGAAGAACACGCGAAGCGCCUUCAUGGCUGGGGUGUGUUGCUCUGGGGAUCCAGUAUGAGAGCACAUGCGCAGAAGUUGAGAGAUCUGGGGUGGACACCCACAACUACUGACUGGAAGGCCCUGGUUCGGCGGGCAGCGCGAGCGGAAUGGGAGGCUCUGCAGGCUGGACAGGUCAAGCCUGUCACAGGCUAUUCACAGUGGGAGUGA